AUGAGAGUCCUCAUCAAAGGAGGUGUUUGGAAAAACACAGAAGAUGAGAUUCUAAAGGCUGCUGUCAGCAAAUACGGAAAGAAUCAAUGGGCCCGUAUCUCAUCUUUGCUUGUGAGAAAAUCACCAAAGCAAUGUAAAGCAAGAUGGUAUGAAUGGUUGGAUCCAAGUAUCAAAAAGACUGAAUGGUCAAAAGAAGAAGACGAAAAGCUUUUGCAUCUUGCAAAACUCAUGCCAACUCAAUGGCGUACGAUCGCACCAAUUGUCGGACGAACACCUGCACAAUGUCUUGAACGCUACCAACGAUUGUUGGAUGAAGCAGAAGCUAGAGAAGCAGGACCUCUUGGAGAUCUCGGCUUGACAGGAUCAAUUGGACAUGAGAGUGGACCAAGUGCCGACGACGUUCGAAAGCUCAGACCAGGAGAAAUCGAUCCUGAACCAGAAAGCAAACCCGCACGUCCCGAUCCAGUAGACAUGGACGAAGAUGAAAAAGAGAUGUUGUCUGAAGCUCGUGCUAGAUUAGCAAACACACAGGGUAAAAAAGCCAAGCGAAAGGCUAGAGAAAGACAACUCGAAGAAGCUAGACGAUUGACUUCACUACAGAAACGCAGAGAACUCAAGGCAGCUGGCAUAAAUAUGCGCGCCAAGAAGAAGAAGAACGUUAUGGAUUAUAAUGCAGACGUACCAUUCGAAAAGAAGAUGCCAUUGGGUUUCUACGACACAACAGAAGAAGCCAGUCGUCCUGUAGAUCCCGGAAAACUCACCAAUGUUCACCUUUCUAAACUCAAUCGACGACGUGCUGACAUUGAAGAAGAAAAGCAAAGAGAAAAGAAGAGAAAGUCAAAGGCAAAUGGCGGUAGUGGACAACCCGAGGGCAACCAAGGUAGAUUUAUUCCUGCGAAGGACGCCAAGGUUGUCAAGAUGCAGGAACAGGAACAGAUUGCCAAGAGACGCAAACUCGUCCUUCCUGCACCUCAGGUUGGAGAAGACGAAUUGGAGGAGAUCGUAAAGACUGGCUUUGCUGGUGAGAGUGCACGAAUGUUGGUACUGGAGGAAGGCGAAGAAGGUGCCACUCGCGGUCUCAUCGGAGACUAUUCAGUCACACCCAACACACUCACAACCAGAACCCCUAGAGCGCCACCAAGCAAUGAUAAUCUUCUUCAGGAAGCACGUAACUUGCGUGCAUUGACAAGCACACAGACCCCCCUGUUGGGCCAUGAGAACACACCUUAUCACAUGGGAGGAGGUACUGGAUUUGAUGGUGCCACCCCAAGACAUUCAAGCGUCCAGACCCCUAACCCAUUGAUGACACCCAUGCGCGGUAGCGGGCCGGACGAUGUGAUGGCAACUCCUGGGUCAUCUAGCCAGCAGACGCCUUUCAAAACCCCUCUUCGUGAUCAUUUCAAGCUGAAUGUCCAGGGCCAGAUGAUCGGAGGAGAGACACCUAGAGAUGAGCGUCUGAUUCAGGCCCAGAGAAAGCGCGCAUUGCUGGACAGUCUCUCUAGCUUACCAAAGCCUCGCAACGAGUGGGAGAUCCGUCUUCAGGAUCUUGAGGAAAAGGAAGACGAGAAGAUGAUCGGCACAGCAGCCAUAAUUGAGGACAGAAGUGAUGUAGACUUGGAGCUCAAGAGAGCUGCCGAACGUGAGGAAAAGGAACGCAUCGCACGUCGAUCCCAGGCUGUCCAGCUCAAUCUUCCUAGACCCACAUCAAUUCCUGCCAAAGAAAAGAUUGACCAGGAUGGUGAUGAUGAGGAUAUCAAAAGCAUGGUUCAAGACGAGUUUAUUCGUCUCUUGACACACGACGCAAUCAAAUACCCAGUAGCUGGAGGCGCCAUUGCGCCCGGUGCAUCAGACCUGCCAGGCGAUCUGUCCGAUCUUGAAGACGAGUUUACUUCAGAGGCACUUGAGGAUGCGCGUCUUGAGAUGGAUCGCGAAUUGGAGAAAGAGCUGGCCUUGGAAGAGGGCGCGAAUGUCAAGGAGGCUGUCUGGGCUCGCGUGUCUUCCCAACCCAAUUUCGAAGCCGUCUGGAGCAAGGAGCACGAUGACGUUCUUUUCUCUGUUCGUUUCAACCAGUUCAUGACUCUUGACGAAAUUCCGGAUGACGAAGACAAGAUCCAGGGCCUCGAGAAGAUGGUUGAGGCCAACCGAAAGACCAUGAUCCGUGACGCCACACGUGCGGGUAAACUUGAAAAGAAACUCGAUCUCAGAUUGGGUGGAUACAUGGCUCGAUCGGCAGCGCUUUCGCAACAGAUCAUGGAUGCCUUUGAUGAAUUCGAAUCGGCAAAGAUCGAGUACCAGAGUUUCUUGAAUCUGCAGCUCGCCGAAAAGGUUGCUAUCCCAAGACGAAUUGGGGCUCUUGAAGAUGAGGUCCAUAAGCUGGCACAACGGGAAAGAGAAUUACAGCAGAAGUAUAAAGAGCUUAGCGAUGAAAAG